CUUUCCUUCCAUCUUCCUCUCCUCUCUCUCUCCUCUCCCCUUUUUCCUUUGUCGACAACUUCUUCUACUUCACCAUCCCGUCCAUCCCCUUUCCACCCUCACUGAACCCCCUUUCGUUGAUUAUCCAAGCCACCCAUCAAGACAGACAUCUCUUCUUCAGCGGAGCAUCCCAACAUGCCGUACUGCAAUCCGUGUGAUCGUUUCUUCAGCACCCUCAAUGGCUACCAGAACCAUCUCGAUAACAGCUUCGCACAUAUGCCCUAUCGAUACAAGAGUGAUCCAGAGCCGGAGCCUAGGGUGGUGUACACCGGCAUCGUCUAUGCCCAAUAUGGGAAUGAUCCAGAGCCGGAGUUCCCCUGCUUUGCCUGCACUCGAGACUUUUGGACCUCCAGUGCAAGGCACAUGCACUGUGUGAAUAGCCACGGGGAGCGUUACUGUGCCCCAUGUGAGCGCAUGUUUAAUGAUGCGAACUGUCUCUUGCAGCACCAGCAUUCCAGAGUCCAUGUAGGAACAACCAUUCAGUGCCCCUUCUGCAAGAAUUCCUUUGCGACGGCAUCUGGCGUUACCAUCCAUCUCGAGUCCGGAACCUGUAGUUCAGGUAUCAACCGCGCACAGAUCGACCGGACCAUUCAGCAGCUGGAUCGGGGUCACGUCAUCACCAAUCGCUUGCUCACCAUGCCAGACUAUGAAGACACAGAAACUUUUGCUACGGAAGCAUCAUGGAAUGGAUCCGGCUACCAAUGCUAUCUGUGCAGAAAGGUGUUUGGUAGGCUGUCUAGCUUGAAUAUGCAUCUCAAAAGCCCGGCACAUGAGCAGGCUCUCUAUCGGUGCCCGCAACCUAGCUGUCACAGAAACUACAAGUUGCUCAGUUCGCUCGUACAACACUUCGAGAGUGAGUCCUGUGGUGUUAUGCGGUUCAACGUAGUGCAACAGAAUGCGAGAGACGGGAUCCAGAAUAUGGUUGGCAGGAUGAUCUCUGGAUAGAGGAACGGGUUGAGGUCGGUGGAAGCAUGGCGUUACC